AUGAAGAAGGAGAUCGCAGACCUAGGUGAAAGACAAGCGGAGAUGAGCAGAGAGCUCAGGGAUCUCCGCGAGGCGGUGAGAGACCUGAUAGAGAGAAUGAACAAGCCGCCAACCGGCCACACCAAGGGUGAGCAAUCUGGGAUUCUGGUCCCAGGGAAAGCAGGAGGUGUGACAGCGUUAGAGACCAGAUUCUGGAUGCUGGCACGUGCACGAGACGAGACGGCCAAGAGGCGCGACGGUGAUUUCGUGGUAGAGGCUGGACCUCGCAGCUGUACGGGGCUAGGGCACCCGACGGCGGCGCAUACGGGAAGUGCGAUAGAGGUGGGAAGUACGACGGUGAAGGCUGACCUAGGGUGGGGAGUCGGGGAUCGUGCGGGCCACGUCUCCUUUGGGUCGGAACUGCUACCGACUCUGACACCUUAA